CUUUUUUAAUUAAACUACUGUUCAUUUUUCGCCCCCCCCUCCUCCCUUCUCUCUCUCUCUCUCUCAAAAAAAAUACUCCGUAUAUACCAAGAUCGAUCUUGUCUCUCCUUACGCUACCCCAUACUGUACCAAUUUCAUCUCACUUGUGUAUAGAUUUGUUGUUGUAAUUAAUUCACUUUUUCUUCACAGUAAACAAAGAAGCAAUCUUUUCUUCUCACAAUUGGUGUUGUAGUGUAUACCUGUGUUCUCUCUCUGCGUUUUGAUAUUCAAAAUCUGGUCUUUUUGCAAAGGAAGGGUUUAUCUUCUAAUUUGAGCAUCUGGGUUUUGCUGUAGAUAAGCAAUUUUUUUACUGGGUAUUGCUUGAAAUGGUUGUAUUAGUUCUUGGAUUUGAUGGGUUGUGUGGUUGACCUCAAGUCCCUUUGAGGGUUAGUUUGAACUUUUCACUUCCUGCUGCUGUGAUUUUGUGAUUGGAGUUUUAUUGUUGGUCCAAGACAAUGGAGAGGUUCAUGGCCAGGGUUUUCCUACUUUAGCAUUGACUACUUCAGCUUAGUGAACAAAGUAGUAUGAAGAAUCUUCUAAAGAAACUUCAUAUCAUGCCCAAUCAAUCCGAAGAUUCUGAAGGGUCUACUUCAUCCAAGAGCAAUAGGUUAAGUGAUGGGUCGCAUCAUAAUUCUGAUCACAAGUCCUUUUCUAUAUCCGGAUGGUUUAAUUCGGUUACUAAUAAAAAAAGUCCCAGUCCUCCAUCGUCUUCGAAUGUGACGAGAGAGGAGAGAAUGGAACCAUCUGAUUCGGUUAGUAGUAGUAGUGGAUUGGAUGCUGCUUUGGAAGAAACGCAGCGUGAUUCGGGUUCUGGCAAUUUGAGGGAUCCAGAUAUAGAGGAGUAUCAAAUAAAAUUGGCUUUGGAGUUGAGUGCAAGAGAGGACCCUGAAGCAGUUCAGAUUGAGGCUGUUAAGCAGAUCAGUUUGGGGUCUUGUCCUCCUCAAAACACACCAGCAGAAGUGAUUGCUUACCGGUACUGGAAUUACAAUGCUCUUGGCUACGAUGACAAGAUCUUAGAUGGUUUUUAUGACCUAUAUGGUAUCUUGACGGAGUCUACUUCAUCAAGGAUGCCAUCCCUUGUUGAUUUGCAAGGGGCAGUGGUUUCUGAUGACAUCAGCUGGGAAGCAAUUCUGGUCAGUAGGGCUGCUGACUCUAACUUGUUAAAACUUGAACAAAAGGCAUUGGAGAUGGCUGUCAAACCAAGAUCAGAUUUUCUAAAUGUUGCCGUUGGUGAUUUGGUAAGAAAGCUAGCUGCUUUGGUUUCUGAUUACAUGGGAGGACCGGUCGGGGACCCAGACAUUAUGUUUAGAGCAUGGAAACGCCUUAGUCAUAGUUUGAAGGAAUCACUUGGGAGCAUGGUUUUGCCACUUGGUUCUUUGACAAUUGGACUGUCUCGUCAUCGUGCAUUGUUGUUUAAGGUCUUGGCUGAUAGUGUGGGCAUCCCCUGCCGUUUAGUGAAAGGGCAGCAGUACACUGGUUCUGAUGAUGCAGCAAUGAACUUUGUGAAGUUUGAUGAUGGAAGGGAGUACAUUGUUGAUCUGGCAGCAGACCCUGGCACACUUAUUCCAUCUGAUGCAGCAGAGUCACAUAUAGAAUACGAUGACUCUUUUUUUUCCUCUAGUCCUUUGUCUAGAGAUGUUGACUCACCUCGUGUAGCUUCCUCAAGUAGUUGGGUUGGAAGUUCAUUUGAAGAACAGUCACAGUCUGGGAUGUUGGAGAGGAGAAACAAGUCUAGAAAUCUACCCGUUGCAGAAAAAGAAUUUGAUGACAGACCUGAAUUCCUUCUUUCUUCAAAUUUAAAUAGGUCGAUUAAAGGUGAGGAAUCAUCCAAGAUGUCAGAUGAUUUUAGAGAUCCUUGUAGUGUAAAGAAGGGGCUAGUUAGUGAAAUUCCAAGCAGACCUACUCAGCCUUACAUGCAUACAAGAUCCCCUUCGUGGACAGAAGGUAUUAGCUCACCAGCUGUACGCAGAAUGAAGGUGAAGGAUGUGUCCAAAUACAUGAUUGAUGCUGCCAAAGAAAAUCCACACUUAGCUCAGAAACUUCAUGAUGUGUUGCUGGAAAGUGGUGUUGUUGCUCCUCCAAACUUGUUCAGUGAAAUGUAUUCAGAGCAGUUAGCUAUCUCAAUGGAUGAGGCCAAGUCCCCAAUGGAAGACAGUAAAAAGAGUUACGUCACCCAGAAAACUAAGGAUUCCAAUGAUCUUAAUUACCUUCCUCUAUAUUUGCCGCCUCUGCCUCAUCAUGGCUUGCAUUCUAAAGAUACAAGAGAAGUAACUGUAAAACCGGGUUCAUUUCAACUUGAAGAAACUCCACGAAAAUAUGUGAGAAAUGUUCCUGUUGCUGCUGCAGCAGCAGCAGCAGCAGCGGUUGUUGCAUCUUCAAUGGUAGUUGCUGUAGCGAAGACGACAGCUGAUUCAAGUCUGGAGAUUCCAGUAGCAGCUGCCGCUACUGCUACAGCUGCAGCUGUAGUGGCAACAACUGCAGCUGUUGGAAAGCAAUGUGAAAACUUAGUGACUUGCACUAAUUUGCCAAGUGGUGAAACUUUUUUUGGUAACCCAAUGGAUGGCGCAAGAAGUGAUGUAGAUUCAGAUGCUGCAGUUCAUGAGCCACAAGGUAGUGGUGGCCAGAAGCAUGAUUCUUCAAGGGCAUUUCCAGAAGGGGAGAGAGUUUCGGAUAGAUCAGCUGGUGAUGAUAGCACAAGAUCUGAUGUCUCACUUGAUGAUGUCAUGGACUGUGAGAUCCCAUGGGAGGAUCUCACCUUGGGUGAGCGUAUCGGACUUGGAUCCUAUGGAGAGGUAUAUCGUGCAGACUGGCAUGGAACUGAGGUGGCUGUCAAGAAGUUUCUAGACCAAGGUAUAUCUGGACAGUCCCUUGAAGAAUUCAUAAGUGAGGUGAAGAUCAUGAAAAGGAUCAGGCAUCCAAAUGUUGUUUUGUUCAUGGGGGCAGUUACCCGUGCUCCAAAUCUCUCAAUUGUUACUGAAUUUCUUCCUAGAGGUAGUUUGUAUAGGUUGCUUCACCGGCCUAACAAUCAAUUAGAUGAACGGAGGCGUUUGAAGAUGGCUCUUGAUGCUGCACGCGGAAUGAAUUAUUUGCACAACUGCACGCCAGUAAUAGUUCAUCGCGAUUUGAAAUCACCAAAUCUUCUGGUUGAUAAAAAUUGGGUUCUCAAGGUAUGUGAUUUUGGGUUAUCUCGAAUGAAAUAUAGCACAUUUCUUUCUUCGAGGUCCACUGCUGGGACGGCAGAGUGGAUGGCACCGGAAGUGCUGAGAAAUGAGCCUGCCAAUGAAAAGUGUGAUGUGUAUAGCUUUGGCGUCAUAUUAUGGGAGCUCUGUACUUUGCAGCAGCCUUGGGGUGGAAUGAACCCAAUGCAAGUUGUCGGUGCAGUUGGUUUUCAGCAUCGCCGUCUCGACAUUCCAAAUGAUUUGGAUCCUGCUAUUGCAGAUAUUAUUUGGAAAUGCUGGGAAACUGAGGGAUUGCUUUCGGAAGUGUAUGAAAUAUCCAACAUUCACAUUAGUUCUCUGUUAACAUUUUAGAGAUCCAAAAUUGCGACCGACGUUUGCUGAGAUAAUGGCCGCUCUGAAGCCUCUACAAAAGUCUGUAACCACUGCUCAAGUGCCUAGACCGGUUGGGUCAAUAAACAACAGCCAGAAGGCCACCCAUCACAUGCCGUAGAGGUCAACUUGGCCGGAAAGAGUCGAUGAAGAAGCGAAGCCAAAUCAAGACUCUUGGAAUGCCUAACAAUGGAAGCCGGUUGGGUCCUGGAUUGCUCGGGAUCCAAUGUAAGAGGAGAUCAACUAAAGUUCCUGACCAACAUAUACAUACGCCUCAGAUUCGAGACAAGUGUACUUUUUGUUGUUGUCCACAAUUGUUUUCUGUAUUCUUGGCUUGGUCAUGCAGCCAUCCUGGAAAUUCAUACAUGUUUGUGCAAAAAUUCAUCUGAAUCUGUUGUAAUUAAGGUUUUUUUUUUUCCUUUUUUCCUCCUAGUUUCUUAGAGAUAAGUGUGCAUUGAAGCCGCGAUGUAAACUAGAUUUGGGGGAUCUGAUUUGUUGUAGUGGAGUAAAUUUGGUUGUA